AUGGCUGGCAAAGCAACUCUGAGCUUCCCCACCGGCGAGAAGUCUGUGAGUGGUGGCGGGCUAGCUUUCCUCUGCGUCUGCCCACUCUCAAGCAGCUACUGAUGAGCUUGCAACCCUCCAUCGCAGACCAUCUCGACCGGAUUGUUCAUCGACAACAAAUUCGUUCCUGCGCUCGAUGGUAAGACCUUUGGCGUGGUCAACCCAAGCACUGGCGAAGUGAGUGUGCAAGGUUGACAUCAUCUGUAUACGUUCGAGCGCAACUUACUCACACCUUGGACUUCAUCUUAGGAAAUCGCUCAAGUCUCAGAGGCAUCGGCAAAGGACAUCGAUGUUGCCGUCAAGUCUGCACGCAAAGCCUUCAAGGAGGUGUGGGGAGAAAAGACCCCAGCUUCUCAGCGUGGCAAGAUCUUGAUGAGGCUUGCUGAUCUUGUCGAGCAGAACAACGAUGAGCUGGCUCGCAUCGAGUCGCUUGACAACGGAAAGCCAUUCUCCAUCUCUAGCACUUUUGACGUCCCUUCUGUGGCAGCCAACAUUCGCUACUUUGCAGGAUGGGCCGACAAGAAUCACGGAAAGACCAUCGAGGUGGACACUCAGUCUGACUUCCACUACACUCGUCACGAGCCUAUUGGCGUCUGCGGUCAAAUCAUCCCUUGGAACUUCCCUCGUGAGUCUUACGCCUUCGAUAUAUUCGGAAUCGUACACUGACCUACUCUCACACCCACUCGACGGCGCAGUCCUCAUGUUCGCAUGGAAGAUUGCUCCCGCGCUCGCCACUGGUAAUACCGUCGUCUUGAAGACCGCCGAGCAGACACCUCUGAGCGCCUUGAAGAUGUGCGAACUGAUUGCAGAGGCUGGCGUGCCACCCGGUGUCCUCAACGUCGUUUCUGGCUUCGGCCCGGUUGCUGGCGCAGCCAUCGCAUCUCACAUGGACAUUGACAAGGUCGCGUUCACCGGCUCUACCCUUGUCGGUCGCAACAUCAUGAAGGCAGCUGCUUCUUCGAACCUCAAGAAAGUUACUUUGGAGCUCGGCGGCAAGUCGCCCACCAUCGUUUGUGAUGACGCUGACCUGGACAAUGCCGUGUCCUGGGCUACAUGCGGUAUCUUGAUGAACUCUGGACAGGUCUGCUGCGCUGGCUCUCGUCUCUUUGUGCAAGACACCAUCUACGACAAGUUCAUGGAGAAGCUGCAGGAGAAGUUCACCAUGAUCAAGGGCAUGACCAAAGAUGGUUUUGCCAAGGACUCUUUCCAAGGUCCUCAGGUAUCUCAGCUUCAAUUCGACCGCAUCAUGGAGCACAUUGAGACCGGUAAGAAGGAGGGCGCCACUCUGAGGCAAGGUGGCAACCGUCACGGCGACAAGGGCUACUUUAUUGAGCCCACGAUCUUUGAAAAUGUGCCCGUGGAUGCGAAGAUCAACCGUGAAGAGAUCUUCGGACCUGUUCUGGUCGUCAACAAGUGGAAGGACGAGGAGGAGCUGAUUGCUCGUGCUAACGAUACUCUGUACGGCUUGGCGGCCGCUGUGCACACCACGCACAUCCGCAAGGGUAUUGAAAUUGCGCACAAGCUGCAGGCGGGAACUGUCUGGAUCAACCAACACAACAUGCUCAACCCACAAGUUCCGUUCGGUGGCUACAAGGCUUCGGGCAUCGGUCGCGAGCUGGGAGAGUACGCUCUGGCCAACUACACCAAUGUCAAGGCUGUCCACCUGGCCCUCGGCAGACAACCCCCCAUCUAA